AUGCCAUUGAAAGUAGUGGACCUAGCUUUAAGUGGUGCUUAUUCUGUGAACGAAGUGAUCAGAUGCAUGCACAUUGGCUUACUCUGUGUCCAAGAUGACAUGGAAGACCGCCCUACCAUGGAUUCAGUGAUUCUGAUGUUAAACAGCGAUUCUAUUAGCAUACCAGUGCCUCAAAGACCUUCGUUCUUCUUUCCUGGUAAGAAGUGCAAACAGGCACCUUGUGGUCUGAACUCUGAUCGAUCAAACAGCAAAGUGGACCAAUCUGUUAGCAACAUAAUGUCGCCGGGGUCUCCGAGUAAUAGCAAUCAUGCUGAUCCAGGUCCAUGGAUUGCAAUGGUGGAUACCUUUGAUGAAAAAGUGGAUAUCACUUUUGCAAAUAACGUUUAUGAUGGUAGCCUCUAA